AUGGCGACCUCACAAUCACAAUCGUCUGCGCUGGACGUCGAACACAUCACUUCACAGCUUCAGAAUGUUGGCAUCUCCGACUUGCCCAAGAUUGAAGGUGUCCCGCUUUACGUUGAACACAACCCCGUCGACAUCUACCGAGCUGUGAUUAUUGACCAUGUCCACAGGAUCACAGGUGUGGAACAUCCCAUCAUCAACAAUGCCGUUCAAUGGACGCAGGAUCUCAAGAAUGGCGAUCUCAUGUUACCCGUGCCUGCGCUUCGACUGAAAGGCAAGAAGCCGGAUGAGCUGGCAAAAGAAAUUGUUGAAAAGUUUGAUUCGCCACUUUUUGAGACCCCGACGAUCGAAAAGACCUUUGUGCGCUUCUUCUUCAAGGUCGGGCCUCUGGCCAAUUUUGUCAUCCCCACCAUUCACAAGCAAACCAGUGGGUAUGGUUUCAACUCAAAUCUCGGUCGUGAGGACCCUUCAAACCCUCAAAGUCGGAAGAAGAAGGUCAUUGUCGAAUAUUCCAGCCCCAACAUUGCCAAAGAAUUCCACACUGGUCAUUUGCGAAGCACGAUCAUUGGUGGGUUUCUCAUCAAGAUGUACCGCCUUGCAGGCUGGGAAACGCUUUCUAUGAAUUACCUCGGAGACUGGGGAAAGCAGUACGGUGUCUUGUCUGAGGGGUUCGAAAAGUAUGGCAGCGAACAGGAGUUAGAGAAUGACCCUGUAAAGCACCUUAACGACGUCUACGUCAAGAUCAACCGGGAUAAUUCAGAAGAACAGAAAACUGCCAAGGAGCUGACAGAAGCAAAGGACAAGCUUGAAAAAGCAGAGCUACAGGAAGCCAUAUCAAAACUGGAAGCAGAACAGCAGCGCCUGAUCGACCUCCCGAGCAUUGACGAAAAGGCCCGUCGGUUUUUCAAGCGAAUGAGUGAUGGCGAUCCGGAGGCACUGAAGAACUAUGCUCGUUUCCGUCAACUAUCAAUUGAUGCUUAUAUCAAAAUGUACGCACGUCUCAACAUCACUUUCGACGAGUACAGCGGUGAAUCUACUGUCAAGGAAGAAGACAUGGAGAAGGCUGCGACUGUUCUUUCUGAAAAGGGCAUCAGCGAGGAGAGUAAGGGUGCCAUCAUCGUUGACCUUGCGAAACACGGCGCUCCUACUCUCGGGAAGACCCUGGUCAAGAAGCGAGACGGCACAUCGCUUUACCUCACUCGCGACAUUGCUGCCAACUAUGAGCGCUACGAGAAGCAUAAAUUCGACCUCAUGGUCUACGUCAUCGCUAACCAACAAGAUGUCCACGUCAAGCAAUUCUUCAAGAUCCUCGAAUUGAUGGGUUCACCCUACAGCGAGGUCGUUGCCAAAUGCCAGCAUGUCAGCUUUGGUAUGGUCAAGGACCCCAAAGGACAAACCAUGAGCACCCGAAAGGGCACUGUUGUCUCACUCGCCGACAGUCUCGACUCUUGCAAAGAUUUCAUGCACGACGUGAUGCGUAAGAACAAGGAAAAGUACGAGCAGGUCGCGGACCCAGAGGGAACAGCCGACAUUCUCGCCAUCUCCUCAAUCAUGGUGCAAGAUUACAGCGGCAAGAUGAUCAACGGCUACAACUUCGACAUGGAGAAAAUGACCUCCUUCGAGGGCGACACAGGCCCCUAUUUGCAAUACUCCCACGCGCGCCUGUGCUCGAUGAAGCGCAAGGCCGACGUCCCCGAGAGCGCAUUCGCCACUGCAGACUUCAGCCUGAUAACCGCCAAGGAGGGCGUGCAAUUAAUCCGAUCACUCGCGCAAUGGCCUGACGUCUUCCUCAACACCUACAAGACCAAUGAGCCGAUUACUGUGCUCGUAUACCUUUUCAAGAUGACGCAUCUGCUCAGUUCAUGCUACGACGCGCUGGACCGCAGCAAUGGCAACGCCAAGACGCUCAGCGUCAUGUACGCCGAGAGCCCGGAGAAGAAGAUCGCCCUCAUGGCGAUGUACGAGGCUGCUCGGAUCGUGUUGAACAACGGUAUGAAGUUGCUGGGUUUGUCGCCGGUGGAGCGUAUGUAG